AUGGGUCAACCAUCUUUCCCGGCAUCUAAUGCCCUCAUCUACCUCACUUAUGGAGCCUUCUUGGUUCUAGGAACGGGGAUCGCUUGGAGAAUGAGAAAUCAGUCCAAGCAGGAUUUCCUGAACAGCAACGGAACACAGAGUGGUGAGCAAACAAUGUACAGGACAUAUGGGCAAAGGACUCGAAAUGACCUCAAGAAACGGAUGGAGACGAGGACGCAGGGCUCAGCUAACUCCAUCUUUCCUUCAGCCUUUCCUCUUGCUCUCAACUUUAUCGCCUCUGCUCUCGGCGCCGGCAUCCUCUUCUCCUAUCCCGAGCUGGCAACCAUCACUGGUGUCCAGGGAGUCGUUGUCUACGCCCUGGCAUCGGCGUUGCCCAUGCUCGUUUUCGGAGCUCUAGGGCCCAUUAUCCGCCGCAAGUGUCCCGAAGGUUUCGUCUUGACGGAGUGGACGCGACAGCGCUACGGAACAGUCGCCAUGUUGUACCUCAGCUUCAUGACCCUGGUGACGUUGUUCCUGUACAUGGUGGCAGAGUUGUCUGCUCUCGGUCAGGUUGUCAAUACAUUGACCGGGAUCGACGGCCUGCCUGUGAUCAUCGUGGAAUGCGUCAUUACGACCAUUUAUACCUCUUUAGGUGGUUUCAAGAUUUCUUUCCUUACGGACGUCAUUCAAGGUGGCAUGGUCGUUGGCCUCAUCAUCAUCGCCACCAUCACCGUUGGUGCCAAGACGGAAAUCAAGCGUGAGCUCAUCGACUCGUCGCACCUCCUGGAACCGAGCCUUCUUGGUUGGCAGCUCCUGUACAUUCUGCCCGUUGCCGUCCUCACAAACGACUUCUUCCUGUCCAGUUUCUGGCUGCGAACAUUUUCUUCCAAGUCCGACAGAGAUCUCUGGAUUGGUGUAUCUGUCGCCAUGGCCGUCAUCCUCUGCAUCCUGACUCUUGUCGGCUGUACUGGCUUGAUUGCGGCCUGGUCUGGCGCGUGGCCGGGCGAGCCAGAGCAGGCGGGUUCAUUGGCCUUUUUCCUCCUGCUUCAGCGGCUACCCAGCUGGGUCGUUGGUGUUGUUCUCGUCAUGGUUGUCUCCCUCAGCACCGCUGCCUUUGACAGUCUGCAGUCGGCCAUGGUUUCUUCCGCCUCCAACGACCUGUUCCGCAACCGCCUGAACAUCUGGUACAUCCGCGGCAUGGUUGUUGUCAUCAUAAUUCCCGUCGUGGUUGUUGCUCUCCGCGCAUCGUCCAUUCUGCAGAUCUACCUCAUCAGCGAUCUGCUCUCCGCAGCCACCAUUCCCGUCUUGUGCCUCGGUCUCAGCGACCGCCUCUACUGGUGGCGCGGCUUUGAAGUGGUCGUCGGUGGUCUGGGCGGUAUCCUGACCGUCUUCAUCUUUGGUGCUGCGUACUACAAGGAUGCCCGGCGAGGCGCCCAGUUACUUCUCAUUCAGAAUGGUCUGUAUGCCAAUGACUGGAGCGCAUUUGGCGCGUUUGUUGCUGCUCCAGUUGGCGGCAUUGCUUGGGGCUUUGCUGCUCUCGCUCUGCGUUUGUCGUUUCAGUAUGUGCGGGCCAGGGUCCGCCGUGAACCCUUUGACGCGCUGGAUCGGCCUCCUACGGCCCGUACCGUCUGCGAGGCCGACAUGCCGGAUGAGGUGGUGGCUGCCUCACCCAAGUCGGGCAAGUUUUUUUAA